UAUUUCAUAAAGCUUGGAAAAUUUUUCUAUUAAAUAAAAUGAAUUAUCACUAUUUUAUUUAUAUUACAUUUAUUUUUGUUUUACUUUCUUCUGUUGAUAAAACAAACGGAUAUUGCUGUACAGUUAACGGAUUCCUUGGAUUCCCUCCACAUUGCAACAUUUUUGGGUGUAAUUGUGAUUGCGAUAAGUGUGAUGAAGAUAAAGACCGAGUAUGCUGCAAAAACGAAAAGCUUCUUGGUGGAGAUUGUUCUAAAUACGAUGGUUGGAAGUUUUCUGAUAAACGGAAACGUAGCUUGCACUAAACGCUUAAAUAAUGAAAGUAUGACUUUUUUAGUAGAUCAGAAGGGAUGGAACGGGUCAAGAAAGAGUCAUUUAAGGUUUCGAUACAACGUUCAAAAAUUUCUCG